AUCCCUCUUCUCUCACUUUACACCUCAAAACGCACCGCUCGAACCGAGCUUUUUUCGAACCGAACACCGAGCGGUGGUAUCAACUCAUUUGCUGCACUAGUUUUUGCCACUCAUAACCUAAAACCCUUGUGCCCGGCCCUCUCUAAAACCCCAAAGCUGUUAAAUCUCAUGGCGAUUUCCUCCUCAUCCGCCAUGAAUUUCAUAGCCACUACCACUCGUUCAAUCUCUUCUAAACUCCUCUUCUCACCCUCCAUCUUCUCAUUUUCUUUAAAUCCCCACCGUUUGAUUUCAUACAAAUAUCCCAUUAUAAUAUCUCGCUCACUCUCCACCACAAUGACCCUCUGGGAAACCCACCACAAACCCACCUCCAAAACGCCUAAAUCUGAUGACCCUUUUGAGCAAUUGGGCCCAAGAUCAGGUUUUGAGAAGAAAGAAUUGAGCUUUGCCAGGCCAACUGAGAUUCCCUGGCAGAAGAAAGUGUCUAAUUUGGUUAAGUUAAUUGGUUGUAUUCAGGCACCGGUUCGGUUUCAUGAGUUGCCUGAUGGGAAGACUUGGGCUGCUACUGUAAUUUCUCAGGAGAAGAAGGGGUCUGUUUCUUUAAGGAUUCCAUUACUAUUUGAAGGCGAUCUAGCACAUAUUGCUGCUUCUCAUUUAAAGGAGAAAGAUUAUGUUUAUAUAGAUGGACAACUAAGUGCGGAUUCCCCCCCAGUUGCUUUGAAAUGCGAGCAAUCAAGUUUGCAGGUUGUGGUGCAUAAUGUCAACUUUGUGGAAGGUUCUUCAUGGAAGAAAAACUUUAGUGAUAGCAAAAUUAUGGUUCCUUUAGAAAGUUUUGAGCGUGAUGACACUCUUCAAAAGAAAGUAAGCAGGGAUGAUGAUUACCAAAGGGAAGAAAGUGUUAAGGACAGCACUUCACGGAAAAAGGAAAGUGUUGAGGAGUUUAAGAUCUUGGACCAGUCACUCCUAGAUCUCAUAACAAAUCCUCAAGAAUGGUGGGACAUCAGGUUGAAACAGGCCAAUUCAUCUGCGGCAUAUGAGCACAAGGUUGAUGGCAAGGUUGUUCACAUUAAUGAGUCUACUCCAGACUGGAUUAAGAAGGAAUUAGAGAGUUUGCCAUUUGAUCGUAAAACUGAAAAGAAAAGCUCUAAAGGUGGUCGUGUUAGUAUGAACAAUAGUGGAGAACUCAUAUUGAACUCAUGGAGGGACCUUCUUAAAAAUUCGAAGCAAUGGCGUGAUUAUCGAGAUAAUAAGCUCCAAGGAUUGGUGAAGCCAAAUUACCCAGAUUUUAAAAAUAAGGAUAGUGGUGCUGCGCUAUGGCUAGAUAGGGCUCCAGAUUGGGUAUUGCCAGGACUUGAAGGACUAGAGUUUGAUGCUCCACUGCAGAAGGGGAAAAAAGCAGAUGAUGACUCUUGGAAGGACCUGUUAGAAAAUUCAGAAAAGUGGUGGGACAACAGAUUGAAUAAGAAAAAUCCAAAAGCUCCAGACUUUAAACAUAAAGAUUUAGGCACAGCAUUAUGGCUUAGCGACACUCCAGCUUGGGCAUUGUCCAAGUUGCCACCUCAGAAAGUUUAACUACAAAAUGUUGCUAGGUAGAUUGAUGCCUUCAUCAUGUAUUAUGCAAGUAAAGAUCAGCACCAGACCGAAUUUGAUCACUGUGAAAAGUUUUGGUAAUUUAUGACGGCACACCCUAUAUACACCUAAUCAGUUGUGGAUUAAGACCGCUAUCAACUUCAUGUUCCUGGGACCCAGGAUGAACUCGUCCACACGCGCCCAUACAUAUAUACAACUAAAUCUUUCUUGAGAUGUUGAAAUUCUUUAUGUACAUGAGUAGCUUUACUUUCAGGUUCUUGUGGUUUUGUGUUGCAUUCUGUUUUAAAAUAGAAAAAUGAAAAGCAUUCCAAUGAAAGUCAUCUGACAGCUCUUGUGGUGUAAUCUCAAAAGUGUGCUGUAUAAUUUUAAUAUAUAUGAUGCUUAGAAGUUGAGUAUAGUUGUCAGUUAUGGUUCA